AUGAGCAACGGAUUUGCAACUACGGGCCAUACACCCACUUGGGAUUCGAGUUUGACGAAUACAGAUAGUCAAAGUUAUGAUGAAUGUUGGCCGGACGCUCACCUCUAUCAUCACCAUCACCACUUACACCACCACCAUAUUCACCAACACUCGACUACAGUAUCUCAAAUGUGGCCAAACCCGCAUAACCACGGUCCGCAACAGAGUAUAAAUCAAAAUGCUGUUCCCAGGAGCGGCUGCAGUAGUUCGCAAAAGUCGUCAUCAAUGGCGUCGUCGAAGAAAAUCCGGCGGCGGGUGGCCACGCUGGCGCAACGGCGCGCGGCCAACAUACGCGAGCGCAGGCGCAUGUACAACCUGAACGAGGCGUUCGACAAGCUCCGGCGCAAAGUGCCCACGUUCGCGUACGAAAAGCGGCUGUCCCGGAUCGAAACGCUCAGGCUGGCCAUCACGUACAUCGGGUUCAUGACCGAACUGCUGCAGUCGACCCCGUCGCCCGGCGGAGGCGCCGACGCUGCCCAGUCACCCGCGUCCGCGCCCUACGCUCUGCCGCCCCAACACCACGACAUUCCCUACGCGCCCUACUCGUUGAUACCGCCCGUGUAG